AUGAGCAACAUUUAUAUGCCAACACCCACAGACGAUCUGUUAAAGGAAAAUGCAGAAAAAUUCUACCAAUUUUGGAAUUUUCCGAACUGUUGCAUGUCAAUUGCUGGCAAACAUAUUCGGAUUGUUUGUCCUCCAAACACUGGCUCAUUAUGUUUCAACUACAAAGAAUACUUUUCAACUGUUUUGUUGGCUGAUUGUAAAUUCGUAGCAAUUGAUGUUGGCUCAUACGGUGGAGAAGGUGAUGCUGGGGUGUAUGAGAGGUCGAAUUUAGGACAGAAAAUCAAUGCGGGUCAAAUGAAUUUUCUAGCUCCAACUAAACUUCCAGGCACAGAAUUGCUCCAGCCUUACCCCUACCCACAAGCUUCAUCUGCUGCAGUAGCUACAUAUAAUUAUCGGCAUUGCAGAGCUAGGAGAACUUCUGAAAAUGCAUUUGGAAUUUUGUGCCAGUACUUCAGAAUAUUCUUUACUCCAAUCGCUGUUAAACGGUUAGAAUGCGUGGAUAACAUUAUUUUUGUUACAUGCAUUCUCCACAAUAUGUUACGACAAAGUAAGAUACCAUGUCCAGACCAAAUUACAAGCUCAAACCCAUCUCUUCCCGUACACAGUUGUAUGACCUUGGCGCCUA